GGACCAGGCAAUAUAAGCGCUGUCAACUCGGUCCUCGUGCACGAAAAGUCGUGAAAACUGUCCGCUCUGCCGGUGAAUUUCGUUUGCUGAACUGAAUUCAACGAUAAUCUGGUGUGACUGCAGAUUAUUUGCGUAUAUCCGCAUCAGGACAGCCAAUUUUGUCUACUGCCAAAACAGAAAAAUGUCUGUCACGAAACGUCUACUGCCGCUUUUGGAUCGUGUGCUGAUCCUGCGCGCGGAAGCUCUCACCAAGACGAAAGGAGGAAUCGUUAUCCCCGAGAAGGCCCAAUCGAAGGUUCUCGAAGGAACGAUUGUAGCCGUUGGACCCGGUGCUCGCAAUACUCAGACCGGCGAGCAUGUGCCACUGUCUGUGAAGGUCGGCGAAAAGGUGCUGUUGCCAGAGUACGGAGGCACCAAGGUGGAACUGGGAGACAGCAAAGAGUAUCAUCUCUUCCGGGAAGCUGAUAUUCUGGCCAAGAUUGAAUAAGAGUCGCAUAGCAACACCAUUACCGGGUGUGUGCAACAGGACAAACGCACUUGAUGCGUUGCGCGCGCGGUGGCAAAGUUGAGUUAGAUGGUGGCAUUUAUUUACAACGUUAAGAAGUUGAACCCAGUGACCAUUGUAUCGUUCUUCUGGUGUUGUCUGAAUCGUGAUGAAUGCUUCCCAUGUACGGACUGUUUUAGGGAGGGCAGCAUUGUGAGGGAAAACUCUACCGGUUGACAAAUAUUGUACAAGUUCGUUCAUUCGUUAUGGCCUCGCAACAGGUGACGAUGUUGUGGCCCGCGAGGCGUUUUCUCGCCCGGAUCGUGUCAUGGACCACCAAAGACGGGACGUCAUUUGCUGCUCCUGAUACACGAUCCAUGGGAUGGAGUUGAAUGCUUCCCGUCCGAACGAAGGCUUCCUUUGCCCAUCAAGUUCAAAUGCUAGGACGCUUGAUGGUCAAACGUCGCCGGCGUUGGUCGGAUGAAGUUAAAGAAGGAAAACGAUUAGCUGAGAGAGAAAUGUAUGAUUUCAACCAUCCUUAAUAAAAAGACAAAUCGAAUACUACGCUAAACCAA